AUGGCCAGCACGUUAAGUCCCAGCACCACAGCGGUGACUCCAGAGCAGCCUGCUGUAUCAGAGCGCAUCAGAAAUGCUGCUGACAUCUCUGUCAUUGUCAUCUAUUUUGUGGUGGUGAUGGCAGUUGGGUUCUGGGCCAUGCUGAAGACCAAUAGGAGCACUGUAGGAGGCUUCUUCCUGGCUGGUCGAGAAAUCUCCUGGUGGCCAAUGGGUGCUUCCCUUUUUGCCAGUAACAUCGGCAGUAACCACUUUGUGGGCAUGGCGGGGACUGGAGCAGCCUCAGGCAUCGCUAUUGCAGCAUUGGAAUGGAAUGCUUUAGUGAUGUUGCUGGUUCUAGGGUGGAUUUUUGUCCCCAUAUACAUCAAGGCAGGGGUGGUGACCAGUCCGGAGUAUCUGAAGAAGCGCUUUGGUGGGAAGCGACUUAAUAUCUACUUCUCUGUCCUGUCCCUCUUCUUCUCCGUGAUUUUGAUGAUCUCAGGUAACAUAUUUUCUGGAGCCAUAUUCAUCAAGCUGGCCUUGGGAUUGGACCUUUACCUGGCAAUCUUUAUCCUUUUAGCUAUCACAGCUCUUUACACAGUCACUGGUGGCUUGGCCUCGGUGAUUUACACAGACACCCUCCAGACCAUCAUUAUGCUUAUUGGCUCCUUUAUUCUCAUGGGGUUUGCAUUUGCUGAAGUUGGUGGCUACGAGAGUUUCAUUGAGAAGUACAUGAACGCCAUUCCCUCCGUCGUCCAAGGCGACAAUCUGACCAUCAGCUCCGAGUGCUACACUCCGCAGGCCGACUCUUUCCACAUUUUCCGAGACGCCGUCACUGGAGAUAUUCCGUGGCCAGGCAUGAUUUUUGGAAUAACCAUCAAUGGACUGUGGUACUGGUGCGCAGAUCAGGUCAUUGUGCAGCGCUGCCUCUCAGGCAAGAACAUGUCUCAUGUGAAGGCCGCCUGUAUCAUGUGUGGGUACCUGAAGCUGCUGCCCAUGUUCCUCAUGGUGAUGCCAGGAAUGAUCAGCCGCAUCCUGUACCCAGAUAUGGUGGCAUGUGUCGUACCUUCUGAGUGUAUGAAGCACUGCGGCACUGAGGUUGGCUGCAGUGACUAUGCCUACCCCCUGCUGGUGAUGGAACUGAUGCCUAAUGGACUCAGAGGCCUGAUGCUGUCAGUCAUGUUGGCCUCACUCAUGAGCUCCCUGACUUCUGUCUUCAACAGCGCCAGCACCCUCUUCACCAUGGACCUUUACACCAAGAUGCGGAAACAAGCAUCAGAGAAAGAGCUUCUUAUAGCUGGACGGUUGUUUAUCAUUCUAUUGAUUGCUAUCAGCAUUUUGUGGAUACCAUUGCUUCAAAUGUCUCAGAACGGACAACUUAUGCAAUAUUUGGCAUCAAUUAAUAGCUACCUUGCGCCUCCAGUUGGUGCUGUGUACCUACUUGCCAUUUUCUGUAAAAGGGUCAAUGAGCAGGGGGCUUUCUGGGGCCUGCUCAUUGGACUGGUGAUUGGCCUUAUUCGUAUGAUCGCUGAGUUUGCUUAUGGGACGGGGAGUUGCACGGCUCCUAGUAACUGCCCCACGAUUAUCUGUGGAGUGCACUACUUUUAUUUCAGCAUAAUCCUUUUUUGUGUGACCCUCCUGGUUGUCCUGGGAGUCUCCUUGGUGACCAAACCCAUUCCUGAUGUACACCUUCACCGCCUGUGCUGGGCUCUUCGAAACAGUACAGAGGAACGCAUCGAUUUAGACCCAGAUGAGAAACGAGAGGAAGAGGAUGAUGGUGUUGAAGAAGAUAAUCUCGAAGACACUCGUGGCUGUUUCAAGAAGGCAUAUGACUUAUUCUGCGGUCUGCAGAGGAAAGGCCCCAAGCUGACCAAGGAGGAGGAGGAAGCCCUGAAGAAGAAGUUGACAGACACCUCUGAGAAGCCCUUGUGGAGAAUGGUGGUGAACAUCAACGCCAUCCUUCUCCUGGCAGUAGCUGUCUUUGUCUAUAGCUACUUUGCAUGA